AUGAAAGGGAAGCGGCUUGGCAGGGCGGAGAGCAGCCGGGGCGAGGGACGGGGAGCGCGGGGCAGGCGACGGCGACGAGUGGGGCGCAGCGCGGCGGGAGGACUGGUGCUAUGGGGCACUGACCCGUCCGGGACCCCGGCCCCGGAGCUGGAGCCGCUCGGGAGAGAUGCGCGGCGGCGGGGCGCCGCUCCCCUCCGCCGCGCGAUGAGGGGCUGCGGGGCCGGCGUGGGGCUGGCCGUGCCGCCGCGGCUGCUGCUGCUCGGGUUGCUGCUGGCCGCGGCCCCGGGCGCGACGCUAGGCAAGGAGACUGCGUUCGUGGAGGUGGUCCUCUUCGAGUCCAGCCCCAGCGGCGACUACACUACCUACACCACCGGGCUGCAGGGCCGUUUCUCCCGCGCGGGGGCCACGCUGAGCGCCGAGGGCGAGAUCGUGCAGAUGCAUCCACUUGGACUAUGUAAUAGCAAUGAUGAGGAAGACCUCUAUGAAUAUGGCUGGGUAGGAGUGGUGAAGCUGGAACAGCCGGAGCUGGAGCCUAAGCCUUGCCUCACUGUAUUAGGAAAGGCAAAGCGAGCAGUACAGCGAGGAGCCACAGCAGUCAUCUUUGAUGUUUCUGAAAACCCAGAUGCCAUUGAUCAGCUGAACCAGGGCUCAGAGGACCCUCUGAAGAGACCGGUGGUGUAUGUGAAGGGUGCUGAUGCUGUCAAGCUGAUGAACAUAGUUAACAAGCAGAAGGUAGCCCGAGCAAGGAUUCAGCAUCGUCCUCCACGGCAACCCACUGAGUACUUCGACAUGGGAAUUUUCCUGGCCUUCUUUGUGGUUGUGUCUCUUGUUUGCCUCAUUCUUCUUGUUAAGAUCAAAUUGAAACAGCGACGUAGUCAGAAUUCCAUGAACAGACUUGCAGUGCAAGCACUGGAAAAAAUGGAGACCAGGAAAUUUAAGUCCAAAAGUAAAGGACACCGGGAAGGUAGCUGUGGAGCGCUGGACACACUCAGUAGCAGCUCUACCUCUGACUGUGCCAUCUGCUUGGAGAAGUACAUUGAUGGGGAGGAGCUGCGUGUCAUUCCCUGCACUCACCGAUUCCACAGGAGAUGUGUGGACCCCUGGCUGCUGCAGCAUCACACCUGCCCCCACUGCCGCCACAACAUCAUUGAGCAGAAGAAGGGAAACGCAGGUCCAGUCUGUCUGGAAUCCAUCAACCCAACACGCAGCCGGCAGCAGAGGGUGAUUCUGCCUGUCCAUUACCCAGGCCGAGUGCACAGAGCAAGCCAGAUCACAGCGUAUCCCACCCGGACAAGCAUGGACCCUCAUGGGAACCCCAUCACGGUGCUCACAGUGGAGCGGCACGGCGAGCAGAGCCUCUACCAAGCCCCCUCCUCAGCAUACAUCCGAAGCUAUCAGCCCAUCCACUUGGAUCGUGCUUUAAACACUCACCACUGUAGCCUGGAGCACAGGGCUUACUCUCCAGCUCACAACUUCCGAAGACCCAAGUUUGGUGGGCGCAGCUUUUCCAAGGCAGCAUGCUUUUCCCAGUAUGAGACCAUGUAUCAGCACUACUACUUCCAAGGCCUUAGUUACCCUGAGCAAGAUGGACAGCUUUCCUCAAAGGGUCCUUCCCGUGCCUUUCAGCCUGGUAGCAGCAUGCUUUUCCCUCCUGUGGUACAUGUAGUGCCCUCAUCCCACUUGGAGAGUGGCAGUACUUCCAGCUUUAGCUGCUAUCACGGUCAUCGUUCAGUGUGCAGUGGAUACUUGGCUGACUGCCCUGGCAGUGACAGUAGCAGCAGCAGUUCUGGUCAGUGCCACUGCUCCUCUAGUGAUUCCAUGGUUGACUGCACUGAGGUCAGCAACCAGGGUGUUUACGGGAGCUGCUCCACCUUCCGCAGCUCGUUGAGCAGUGACUAUGACCCGUAUGUUUACCGCAGUAAGAGCCCGUGCCGAGCGGGUGAUGUUGGUGGUGCGAACAGGGGUGCAAUUGUCCUCUUGGAGGGCCCUCACCAGGACGAGCUUCCAGCUCAUGGCCACAGUCUAGUGGGUGCUGACUGCCGGCCUGUGCCAGCUUCUUCCUCAGGGGACCAACUGUCUAAUUGCAGCAUGGAUAUGAACUAUAGCAGUAAUUCCUCUCUAGAGCACAGGGAUCCCAAUGGCACUACCUCAGAGGGAGGACAUGAGGCCACUCCUGGUGCUGCUGUGGAUGUUAAAAGGAACUGGAAGAACCCAGAGACAGCAGGGCCGCUCAUGGAGCAAGCGUGCACGUGCUGCUUUGAACUGCAGCACUCUGCCCUGGAGCCCAGUGGCAGGGCCACUGACUGCAGUGCACUCUUGCUUAGCUCUACCCUCUGGGGGACGUGUGGCCCAGGUAUAGAACCACAGGCAGGGAACACCCCAGGCUUGUACAGUAUUAACUCAGACCACUUGCAUAGGACAGAUGGGGUGAAAUACGAGGGGUUGCCCUGCUGCUUCUAUGAAGAGAAGCAGGUAGCCUGUAAUAGCAGCAGUGGCAGUGGAGGCAGCGGCUGUUACAUGGAAGAUUAUGCAGUGAACGUGCAGUACAUGCUUCCUGACGACACCUUGCCCAGCUGCUGCAAGGGAGUGUGUGAGCUGGGUCAGCGCAUUCCCAUCAUACCUGAAGACAGAGACUGUGAGCUGAUCCUACCUACAGAGUGCCAAGGGACCCACGCAGGAGUCUGUAGUUCCUGGGGUGGAACCCCUGAGCUAGACACUUACCUGCACUGCCAAGGUCUAGGAGAGGUACAGGAUGAGAGAGAGGUGUGCUAUGAGGCAGCAUCAUUCCUGCAGCAGAACUACUCUCAGGAGGAGGAGGAAGCUGGAAUGCUCUUUCCCAGUCCCACUCUGAAUUCCCAGAAGCUGAUGACAACCACGAAAGCAACAGGUGCUGGAUCUUAUCCCUUGGAAAGAAGCCAAAUCGGCGACUAGACCUGCCCAGAUGAUCCCGGAUGGAGCAGCAGAGCUUAGCAGAGACUCCAAAUUCUUAUGGACUUAUUUUUUUUUAAAGCUUUGACAAACAUACAAAAGUGGUAAUGUGGAGAAGUCCCUCUCCCACUUCCUCUCCCUCUGUGUCCACAUCAGAUUGAUUGUCUUUGUUCCUCUCCCCUGAAGCCUUCAGGCCUCCAUUUGCGUGCAAAGCCCACGUGGGACGCGGUGCGGAGCGUUUCUGAGCUCUGGUGCCAUUUCUAUGUUAAUGACAAAGUGUUAUUUAUAUUUUCUUCUAGAAGCAACCCUAUCGGCUCCGGCUGAGAGCUAACGGUGUGUUGAGUAAGCCAGGCUACGUGUAGAUGCUAUUAUCUCCUACGUAAAAGGAGUCCAGCCUUCGAUUAAGCUCAGGGCUACACCUGCCUUAGAAACCAGAUAGCACCUUGAUACAUAGUAGUCCAGAGGGAUGCAGCUCCUGAAUGGAUGCUCAGAUACUGACUGCUCCUAGUAGCCAGCAAGUUGUGUGAGCGAUUCUGAGGGAGGUAAAGCACAGACUGUCUCCUUUCUCCUCUCCCUGUCUUCCCCCUUCAUGCUGCUCUGAUGAUUUGGCUAGGAAGGGUCUCCUGCCUUUAUGAUUAGUUUUAACAGAGUGAGGGUAUGGAAGUUGGUAGCUGAAAAUGUUGCCAUCCUUAUUUCUUGCUAAACCAUGGACCUCAUAUCUUCUGACAGAUGAAGAAUGCUGGAGACCCUUCCCUCCAACAGAUGCUAGAAGAAAGUGCUUGGAAAGGGUAAAACCUUUGUAGGUAAUGAACCUUGCCUUCCAAAGGAAGUUUUUCAGACACCUAUACCCCCUGUUACAGCUGUGAGGAAUGCUGGCAUGUGCAGGAAAACAGCUUGCAGGGUGCUUGCAACUUGGCUGGCUCAUUUUGGAAGCAGGUCAGAAAGUGUCUUGUUUCCUUACAGACUACAAGCAUGCCUGAGGGAAGCAGUGCUUGUCACCUUCUGUGCAUGUGGGAAAGUGACUGACUUGGUUUAGUUCUAGUUCUUGUUUCCUUCUUUGCUGUGGUUGGUGUAGCUUCCAUAGAUCGAUCUGUUUUAAAGGUUUCUUGAGCCCAGCCAGUUGUGCUGCUUUUGUUUUUGUUCUUGUGUAUAGAGUGCUCUUUGUACUCCAUCAGCCUGGACACACACUUUUGUUCUUGUUCUUGUACUACUAGUGGGGAUGUUUGUUAUCAUGAGAUAAUGCAUGUCCUCACUUCUGAUAGCAGUUGUUUCCUGUGGAAACAGAAGCUUCUGAGUAAGAGGCUACCAUAGCACGGUAUAAAUUGCCUGUCAUGCUGCAUGUGCCUGAGGACACAGUGUCAUCCUGCCUGGGGUAUUCACAGCAGGAAUUCUCCUAAAGGGAAAUUAAUUAUUUAAUGCCUGCAGUGCCAGUCUUCUGCAAAGAUCUGUCUGGAGUUCAGUACGCUUCAGAGAUACUAAAACAUGAGAAAAAGAUGCUCCAUCUUCUGCCAGAGCCAUGUCCCUGACAGCAAUGGGCUGAAUUAGCUGGUUUGCUUUAUAGUCCCAGAUGGAAUAUCUUAAAAGAAGCAAACACCUAAGAGAAAUAGAAGAUGCAUUAAUCUGUUUACUUUUACUUUUUGUACUCAGUAAGUUAGGAAAAAUAAUUCUGUUUAAAGGAAUUCACAGGAAAUCUUCUUAAAUGAACAAACACCAAAAUCCAGCUGUUCAGAACAUUAACACAAGGCAACAUCUCAGUACAAGAUGAAAAGAGAAGUUCCAUUAAACACAUUUUCUGUGUACAAAGCUUAUUCUCUUAGUGACUGAAGCAAGUGGUAUGUGUUGGGAGAAUAAAUGCUCAAGUUUUUUGUUUGUGUGUCUAAGUCUUGCCUUUCUGCUUCCUUCACUCAAAUGCAGUGUAGAAGCUAUGGCACACUACCCUGGUUAUCCCACUUGGCAUUUUUUGAGGCACUGAGGCCCCCUAAGUGUGUUGUACCCUGUAACUACACAGCACGUUGUGGUAAAAUGUGGCUAUCAAAGAGAAAUCUGAAUGUUCUGGCUUGCAGUGUGCCUGGAUGUGCUGGUCUCAUUCCCAUGUUGUGGAGGUCUCUGCCGGUACAACAGUCUCUUCAGGCCUUACCACGGAGGUACCCUACUCCUGCAUCUUGUGGUUGGUUUUAUAUUCAGCUCUCAGUCAGCCCCCUGCCAGCUCUAUGUCCAUGCAGGCCCACAGGCUAGCUGGCUGUGAGCAGGGGCGUGUUAACAAAGUACCUUUCUACCACUUAUCUGAACAGUUGUCAUUGUGUUUGGCUCAUGAGGCACUAUUUAAAAUGUUUUUAAUUAAAGUUAUAGCACUUAAAAUUGUUUUGUAUAAACCUUGCUGUAAAGAUUCUUAAGGUCAAAGGGCUCUUUCUCCUUCAUUACCAUUUUUAAAGAUGUUUUAAAAGCUAAAAACCAUCUUGUAUAUAUUCUGUGUAUGUAUAGCAGCACAUUUCAUUUAUGGAAAUAUGUUCUCAGAAUAUUUAUUUACUAAUAUAUUUAUCUCAAGCCAUGUCUUAUGUUGAGAGUGUGUGACAUUAUUGUAAUAAUCAUUGAAAAUCACUAACAUGAGGCCCUGUAAAUACAUGAUAAUUGCACACAAAGAUUUUUACAGUACUUGCCGACCAAAAAUGAUUUCAAAGUUGUAGUUACCUGCAGUUUUGUAAGAAAGUGUACAAAUUUCUGUAUUGAAAAAAAAGGCAAACCCACACAAAAAUACAGUUUUAUUGCGUA